UUAAUAUCUUUUACUUUCGAAGCAAAAUCAUAAAAUAGCCGCAUAAUUAUUACUGACACAUUUUGUAUGAAUUACUCCUCAAAUAAAAAAGGAUCUUCUUUAAAUUUAAGUCCUUCCUAAGAUUAGCAUGUUUAUUCAUCAGAUGAAUUUAGUUCCCCACAAGGUUUAUAAAAUAUAGAAAAUAAUGCAUAAUAUAAAUAAAAUGACUCAUUUGAUUCCCCUAUUCCAAUUAAAAAGCCUACAAACUAGAAAAAAACAGUCAGUUAUAACCAAAUAGAAAGCUUAAAUGAUAGGGAAUCACUGCCUUAAUAAAAAUAAUAAAAUAGUUCAAUUAGAAAUAAAUCUGCCCAAAAUACGCAAGCUGAAAAAUAAGAAUUAUAUAAUAUGAGCUUUAGAAACACUAACUCAUAGGCUUAGUAAGUGAAGAAAACUUAUACACUAGAAGAGGUUUAAUAAUUAUUAGCCCAAGAAGCAGAAAAGUAUGAUGAGCAGCAAAACCGUUUAGUAGGAUAAUUAUAUAGCUUGAAUGAAUAAAAUAAAGCACUCGCAAGGGAAUUAUAAAAUUCUAAAAACAUGUAAGAAAAUCUGUUGAAUUAAUUAGAAUAAAUUCGUGAAGUAAGAAAUAACUCUAAUCUAACUCAUAAUAGAAGUGCAUCUUAAGAUGAAUUUUUAAAGAGAGAGUAAGAAUUUAGAGAAGCAGUAAAACAUCAAGAUGACUCUAUAAGAUUAGAUAAAUGGAUAGAUGCUCUUAAAAAAGUUGAGAAAAUGAGGAAAGAUUUAAAGGAAAAGAUUAGAAAAAUGUGCAACACUAACAAUUAAUCAGUUUUGAGACUUAAUGCAAGAGAUUUAACCUAUGAAAGUAAAGGUAGUUAUUCCCCUCAAAAGUAUCAAAUUGUCUAUCCUGUUUAAAUUAAAUAAUAAUAAAAAUAUACCAAGAGCACUGCUUUCGGAAAAAAUUAUGAUGGGUACCUUAAAAGCAAGCAUUAAAAAAUAGACCAAAAAGGGUAGAUAAAUAACUCUUUAUUGCUGUAAAAAGGUUAACCAACUUAAACAUAUUUGAGAAGCGUUAUUUGA